AAACAAAAAACAAUUUACCCACCAGAUAGAAGUCAGCCCUGCCAAUUACCCUGUUGGUGUCAUUGAUCCAAAUAUUGAUUGUUUUUCUUUCACAAAAUUCCUCAGGGAUGGAUCAAAUUUACUAAAUGUGCUUGAAGUCACAGGUUCCUUUGGCUUGAUGUCUUCUAGAUCUUAUUUGUUGUCAUAGGACAGACAUGUCUUCUCUGCCUGGCUCCAUUUUCAGAAUUUACAUUCUCAGAAACUGUAUUUUGGCGAAAAAUUGAGAAGACAUACCUUUUUCUUACUUUUUUCAUACCUGUAAAGAAGUAGAAGAACUCGUUUUUCAAGCGAUUUUUCGCCUCUCACGCCUUCCCCAGCCUGUAAGCCCAACUCAGGAAUUUGUGUCACAAAGGAAACCUGAUGCAACCUCUUCAGAUCCUUCCCCGCCGAUUACUUUAUGGGCUGUACUGUGGACUGAAAUCUCCAGCCUCCUCUGGAACCCGGAUUUGCCCAACAAUGGCUCGACCAAGUUCAAAUAUGGCUGAUUUUCGGAAGCUUUUUGCAAAAGCAAAGCACAUAGUCAUCCUUUCAGGGGCUGGCGUUAGUGCUGAGAGCGGAGUCCCGACUUUCCGAGGAGCGGGGGGCUACUGGAGAAGAUGGCAAGCUCAGAAUUACACUACGGUGCAGUCAGCCUCUCUUUCUCCCAAAUGGAGAAACUGUAUCAACCCAUCAUCACAGGACCUGGCCACCCCGCAGGCCUUUGCACGAAACCCUUCCCUGGUGUGGGAGUUCUACCACUACCGGCGGGAGGUCAUGCUGAGCAAGGAGCCGAACCCAGGGCACCUUGCCAUUGCUGAAUGUGAGGCCCGGCUGCACGAGCAGGGCCGACGGGUCAUGGUCAUCACUCAGAACAUCGAUGAGCUGCACCGCAGGGCUGGCACCAAGAACCUUCUGGAAAUCCAUGGUAGCUUAUUUAAAACCCGCUGUACCUCUUGUGGCGUUGUGGCUGAGAAUUACAAGAGUCCCAUUUGUGCGGCUUUAUCAGGGAAGGGUGCUCCAGACCCGGAAGCUCAAGAUGCCAGAAUCCCAGUGGAGAAACUUCCCCGGUGCGAAGAGGCCGGGUGCGGGGGUCUGCUGCGACCCCACGUGGUGUGGUUUGGAGAAAACCUGGAUCCUGCCAUUCUGGAAGAGGUCGACAGAGAGCUGACCCUCUGCGACUUGUGUCUAGUGGUGGGAACUUCCUCCGUGGUUUAUCCUGCCGCCAUGUUCGCGCCCCAGGUGUCUGCCCGGGGAGUGCCAGUGGCCGAAUUCAACAUGGAAACCACCCCGGCCACCAACAGAUUCAGGUUCCAUUUCCAGGGGCCAUGUGGUACUACUCUUCCCGAAGCCCUUGCUCCUCAUGAAACUGAAAAUGCUUCUUAGUUGCCCUGCAGAAAGAAGAAAUCGUAGUACCUAGUACUAAGUACCUGGCCACAGACAAAAGGAGAACCAAUCGUGGGACGGUGAGCUAAAUACUGGAAGAUCUCAGAAUACCCUCCAAUUCCCUGGCUGGAAUCCCAGGGCCUGGUGAUGGGGGCCUAGAAGCAACAAUAGCGAACACUCUUAGAAGUCAGCAAACCGUCAAGUUAAUACGUCUUGUUUUGCGUGGGCUUAAACAUAAGAUAUCUCAUAGGUGUUUGGUUGGUCCUGGAAAGGGAAAAUUUUUUGUAAUUAGAUUAUCUUAAAAAAAAAAAAAGUAAUUAUCCUGCUUGAAUUGUUGCCAUCUAGACACAGAGAGAAGAAGAGGGCUAAAACCUUGGUAUUUCUGAUUUUUGCCAAGUUUUGGCAGAAAAUAAAAUUACUCUUUAUAGUAGGUCAUUUAUUGUAUAAAGAUCUUACCCCAAGA